AUGUCUGAAAGCUCGAUUGGGUCUUCCGGCCCAGAUAACCGUGGAGAAGCCGCUAGGGUUGCUGAGUGUCUGAAACAGGUGUUGUCCUGCGGCGACAUGAGCGAUGUUCAGUUCGCGGUGGGACGUGAGUACGGUGCCGUGCGGAUCUUUCCAGCUCACAGAGUCAUCAUGGGUGCCCGUAGCGCUGUGUUUCACAACAUGUUCUAUGGACGUAUGCCAGAGAAUUGCACACUUCCCGUAGAGAUUCCGGAUAUCCAUCCGGACGCCUUCGAUAAUAUGCUCAGCUAUAUCUACGCGGACACCAUAGACAGUCUCAACCUGGAUAACGUGUUUCGAACUCUUAUCUGCGCUGACAAGUGUGACCUUCCACGGUUGGUUGACAAGUGCAUCCGUUUCAUCCUGGAUCAUCUGUCAGAAAACAAGGACAGCUGCUUCGUAAUUCUGGACAUGGUGAUUCGUUACAAAUGUCCAGCGCCCAGUGUCAUGAAUGAAUGUCUGCGCCUCAUUGACCGAUCAAAGGAAAGUGUCUGGCAGUCAACUCGUUUCUCUGACAUCGGACUGGAGACGCUGGAGAUUGUUCUAAAACGAGAGACACUGGAUGUCGAUGAAGCGACCAUUUAUUCUUCGGUUGAAAAGUGGGCUGCGAGCGCUUUCAAUAAGAGGACCCUGGAGGCUUCUGCCAUUAAUCGGCGCGAAAUGUUGGGCCCGGCGGUGUAUCUCGUCCGAUUCCCGGUCUUAACCGAUGCGCAACUAAUGAAUGGUCCUGCUCAGGAUUUUACCAUUGCCUUUCGUAGUGGGAAUGAGAAGAAAACUGGUUUAUUGCUGCAACCGGAGCUGUGGGACAUUUUCCGCUACAAGCAUGCCGACAUUAAACCGGAGCUGCCGUUCUGUGCGGAGCCCCGGCGAAAUGAUCUGCGAGGUGUCGUUCACUUUACCGUUCCGGAUAUAAGGAAACUGGGGGAGAUGUUUACACUGAGUGAUCCCAUAAUCGUCAGGAAGCUGCCUUGGCGGAUUAUGAUUAAGAAGCACCUACAGAAAGGAUGGGGCUACUUUGUGAAAUGUGAUGGUGAUGUGAAUUCCGACUCUUGGAAAUGUCAAGCUGAUACGGAACUUUUCUUGCUACCAUGGAAAUCGAUGAUGGCACCGAUUACUAGAUUUUUUGUGGUCAAGGACUUACUGGACCCGUCGAAAGGAUACGUUAACCCUAGUGACUUCUUGCUGAAACUCCAAGUCAAGCUGACGGCUGACCUUCCUGCCGGAAUUGAUUAA